CCUUGAGUUCCACUGGCUUCAACCAAGAGCCCCUUGUUCCAAGACAAGAUAAUAUCAUCAGAGAAACAGUCAGCAGACCAGGCCUCCCUUAUGCCAGCUCGAGCUGAGGCUUCAUUUUGCUGGGGUUACUCGGCUCCGUUAUCCGCUCCAGGAGUUAUCCUCUCCAGGACUCGUUCUUAACCUCUCCUGAGCCAGUGCCCGAGUGCUCUCUCUGGGCCUCUGUUUGAGUCCGGUCUCCAGGCAACAGGGGAUGUCCACUCAAUGUACCGGAGUUGUUGGCCUGCCUCAUUUUUCAUCUGGGAUUUUCUGCUGCUGGGGAAGAGGUACCUUUCUCUCUCUCUUUGAGAGUCACUGUUGACUUUUGGAGACUUCUUAAAGAUCAGGUGGCUUUCUAGAGGAUGACCAUAGAAGACCUUCCAGAUCUUUCUUCAGAAGGAAGUUCUUUGAUUGGAAGAUACCCAUUUUUAUUUUCAAGUUCAGACACCCCAGUUAUCUUUUCCGUUUCUGCAGCACCAAUGCCUUCAGACUGUGAAUUUUCUUUUUUUGAUCCCAAUGAUGCAUCCUGUCAAGAAAUCCUUUUUGAUCCUAAAACAUCAGUAUCUGAAUUAUUUGCCAUUUUAAGACAAUGGGUUCCCCAAGUCCAACAGAACAUUGACAUUAUUGGGAAUGAGAUUAUCAAAAGAGGUUGUAAUGUAAAUGAUAGAGAUGGACUAACUGAUAUGACUCUUCUCCAUUAUACCUGCAAAUCUGGAGCUACUGGUAUCGGUGAUGUUGAAACAGCUGUAAAAUUUGCCUCUUAUUUGAUUGAAUUGGGGGCAGAUGUCAGCUUGAGAAGUCGCUGGACAAACAUGAAUGCUUUACAUUAUGCUGCUUACUUUGAUGUCCCAGAACUUAUAAAUCUGAUUUUGAAGGCAUCAAAACCAAAAGAUGUGGAUGCUACAUGCAGUGACUUUUCUUUUGGAACACCUCUGCAUAUUGCAGCGUUUAACUUGUGCACGGGGGCUGUGAAGUGUUUACUGGAACAUGGAGCAAAUCCUGCCUUUAGGAAUGAUAAAGGACAGACCCCUGCUGAUGUUGUUCCAGACCCAGUCGAUAUGCCAUUAGAGAUGGCAGAUGCAGCUGCCAGUGCUAAACAAGUCAAGCAAAUGCUGCUGGAUGCCAUCCCUUUGUCAUGUGAUGUCUCAAAAGCUGUGCUUCCAAAUUAUGAUUCUACAGCUGGCAAAACCACACUCGCAUCAUUGGGCCUGAAGUUGGGAGACCGUGUGGUCAUUGCAGGACAGAAGGUUGGAAUAUUAAGAUUUUGUGGUACAACUGAAUUUGCCAGUGGUCAAUGGGCAGGCAUUGAGUUGAGUGAACCAGAAGGAAAAAAUAAUGGAAGUGUUGGAAAAGUCCAGUACUUUAAAUGCCCUCCCAAAUAUGGUAUUUUUGCACCUCUUUCAAAGAUAACCAAAGCUACAGACCGAAAGAAGAUUGUAGCAAGAACACCAUCUACACGUGCUACAGCUUCCAUCAAGUCUCAGAAAAUUGAUGUCACUCAUGUAACUUCAAAAGUAAACACUGGGUUAACAACAUCAAAAAAAGAAGGUGGUUCAGAAUCAACACCUCUGUUGUCUCCUGGUGAAGGACUGAAAACUGUACCUGGGAAGGAAGCUGCCCCACCUGUUUCUACGAGUUCUUCCUCUUCUGUAUCCUCUCUGGACAACAAACAGAAUCACCCCAAGAAAUUGAAUCCAGCUAACAGUAAUAAGGAGGCAGCGAUGAAAAGUUCUUCCAUUUCAUCAAGAGCCAGUGCUGGGUCUACUACUUCAGUUACAUCUGCAGGAAAUAAACGGGAUGAAGAAAUUCAUGUUGGAGACCGAGUACUGGUGGUAGGCCAGAGGACUGGCACAGUCAGGUUCCUUGGAACAACAAACUUUGCACCAGGAGUUUGGUGUGGCAUCGAGCUUGAAAAGCCCUAUGGCAAGAAUGAUGGUUCCGUUGGAGGUGUGCAGUACUUUACUUGUCAACCAAGAUAUGGAAUAUUUGCUCCCCCAAACAGGGUGCAGAGACUAAAAGAUACUCUUUCAGAGAAUGUAUCAAGUAAACGAAAUCAUCAAGGGCCAGGUUUUAGGCGAAGUUUCAGUACAAAUUCUGCAUCUUCUCAAAAAGAGAUAAAUAGAAGAAAUGCUUCUGAAAAAUCCAAAAGUGCUUUAUUCCGUCGAAGCUGGAGCAGCACUCCAUCUGCUGGGGGUGUGGAAGGGCCUGUUAAGCUGUACCAGGGCUCCCAGGUCCUCCUGACCAGCUCUAACGAGAUGGCCAUCAUUAGGUACGUGGGCCCCACUGACUUCGCUCCAGGCACCUGGCUUGGACUGGAACUCAAAGGCGCCCGGGGAAAGAAUGAUGGCUCCGUUGGGGACAAGCGCUAUUUCACCUGUAAGCCAAAUCACGGCGUUCUGGUUCGGCCAAGCAGAGUCACCUAUCGGGGGAUCAAUGGAUCCAAGCUGGUGGAUGAGGACUGUUGACCUCGAGAGGGGCAGGACUGGGGAGCCGGCUGUACAGCGUGCAGGGGAAAUGGCCCACACUGCCUGGCCAUUCAGUACGUGUGGGUAACAUGCCUCUCUUUAGAGUGACAUUAAGGCCAUUUACAGAUUAACCUUUAAACAAAAAGAAUAGGAAGUUUUUAAGAAUCAUGACUCUCAAGAUCAUUUUAAGAUAGUUUAUUUUUUAAAGCUUUUAGACCCGAGGAUGGUCCUAGAAUGUCAGAAAAUUGUACCAUUAGGAGACCAACAAACAUAUUCUGUUGCUUGUUCUGUCUUACUUUGUUGUAUACCAUUGGAUUCUUGUUUUUCAAAGCAUUGGCUGCAUUUUACUUUGUUUUCCUUUAGCUGUCUAAAGUGUCUUGGGAAUCAUUAUUUCUGUCUGCAUGUUGUCCUAUCAGAGCUACACAACGGCCCUAGGUGACUGAUCCUAAAAACACCCACUUCAAACGUGUAGUCUAGAAUUUUAGACUCGAAAAGACCUCAUGAUUUAUCUAGUCUGGAUCUAGUUUAUGGAUGAAGAAACUGAGGUGCAAGAACAUGAAGUGAUUUCCCACUGGUGCAGACCUCCUGACACCCAGCCUUGUGCCAUCUGCACCCUACAUGCUACAGGGAUCCUCAGCAUUCUUCUGAAUCACUUAUCAAGGAUUGCUGACAAAGCGCCAUUCAGAGUCAGCUCCCAUAUUCAAUACCACCUUAUUGCUGCAUAAAGACCACAUUUAGAAGAAGCACUUUUAAAACUUGAUGCACUUUCAUCUCCAUGGAAAUCUCCUCACUGCAUCUUGAAACCCUUUGCCAAUUUUUCUUGCUGGCUAUAAAGAAAUAGCUUAAAACAUGCACUUAAAAGCAAGGUGUAGAUUGAGACAUCCUAGACAGGAAAUAGUCAUGUAAAUAGCUCACAUAUAGAAUGUAGUGUGGUUUAUCACACACUUUUACUUGCUCAUAAAUAGAAAAAAAAUAUUACACAGAGAGCUGAGGUCUGCGUGGUACACAUUCAAUUCAAGUAUUUAUUUCUUUUUGGGGUGUUACUUCUAAGGUGGCCAUGACAUUUGCCUUAGUUGGUUUCAGAUUUUUCCCAACUGUUGAGCUUUGGCUAAAUGUUACACAAAUUUGACAGGGGAGCCCACUUUUAUUCUGCAACUUGUGCCCAUCUUCAAGAUUAAGCUUUGUAACAGAAUAACAUUGUAAUGAAUUUGUGUUAUGUCUGUCUGGAUGUUUCUGUCCCAUAAAUGUAAAAGAUUUAUAUUUUAUUGUAGAUAUUUAGAUUUGAAGAGACUAUAGAAAUAGUAAAACAGUUCACUUUAUAAGAUUUAAAAUUAUCCUUAACAAUGGAACUGCCUUUGCACUUAGAAAGAAAUAACAUGUUCAGAUAUUUUGCAAUAUACUAUUUUUAAACUGAAUUCUGCUGCUCUGCUGCUCUUUUGGAAAAAAAAAUAAAUGUGGUCUUUCAAACACUGCUAGACCUAUUUUCCUGAAAUACAUUUGCAAAAUAAGGCUGUAAUACACUGCCUUUUAAUCAAGGAAUAUUUUUACUGACUAAAGAAAAUGAAUGUACUGUGAUUUUGAAUGUAAACUUAUUUUAUUAUACCGUUUCCAAAAAACUCUGUUUAUUUAUACCUUGAGAUGUAUGUGGAUACACAGAACUUUUACAAAGUCUAAAAUGUUUCCUGUUGUACAUCAGAGCCCUAUAAAUUAAAAUGUGUUAUAUUAAUGUUGACAAUGAUUUGCUUUUAGGGAAACCAUAAACUACCAUUUUUCCUCUCUUGCAACCUUUAUUUUCUUUCAUGCAUAUAUUAUGUGAAUAGAGAACAUCUAUUAAAUUCAUACAAAUUUAUACAUUCAUGCAUAAAUACAUGAAAAGAUUUUUUUCAUCUUUAGCUUAUUAAAUGUCAGUCUACUCAUACUGAAUUGUAGCUUCUUGAGCAUAAAUAAAAUGGGAAACCAUUGUGUUUUGGAAUGGUGUCUCAUGAUGGACUCUUUCUAUUAUUCUUUUCUUCUCCUUAACCCAUAUCAUUAGAGUAUACCAUCACUUUCUUUUAAAAACAAAACAUUUUAUAAAGAAUUUGGGGUUGUUGUCUCUACUAACUAGACUGUUCCUGUGUGCUUGACUCUUCUCAUAAAUACUCUUCAAAAAUAAGUUUGUUUUCUUUAAUACAGCAAGGUUGGUUAAACAAACCACCCACUGUGGAAAGUGUUUUAAUAGGUAGGUUGUUAUUUCACAAAUUCUUGCUAGAAACACAGAAGGUUGUCUUUUUGCUUCUUUUAUACACAUGCAAAGAAAAUGGUUUCAUUUAUCAGUGUUCAAAAUUUACAUGGAAAAGCUCAAACACACAUGGUCCUAUCAGACUGAUGACUACAUUUUUAUAUUUUAUUUCACAUUUUUGUGAUCCACCUUGGUGGUAAACUUCCUGAUGGGUGGUGCAGUGUCUUACUGUAUCCUUGCAUCUCUCCCAUUACCUUGAGCAUUAUGUCAUUAUCACUGUCGUUAAGUGCCUACCUCAUAGUAGGCUCUUAAUCAAUGGAGGUUGAAUGAAUGAAUAUUUUGCAGGCAAUUCCUUUACUGAAGUUAUGCUUUGAUGCUUCAUUGUGGCCUGGAACUCAAAAGCAUUUUCUUUACAGUGUUAGCUAGCUCUGUUAACUAGCUCAAGUCCUGUUGAAACUUGAAAGACUUUGACAAUGGACCCAGUAUCCAUUUGUCGUUCAGUAGACUAGGAGCAGCUCAGGCAAGUUGGGGAGGUUUGUCAUCAGGCUAAGCAGAAAGUGAUGUUCUUCUGGGUCCAUAGCAGUCAUUCAAGGAUACCUGUGAAACAGCUGAGAGCUUCUGAUCUAUAACUAGGUUUAAUAAUCUUAUUGCUCAAUUCAGAGUUCUUUAAAGUGUGAAGUUUUUAGAAAGGUUAUAGAAGUGCCAAAGAUCUAGAUAAAGAUAACCAGUCCAUUUGAUGUAAACAUAAACAUUGUGAUAUGGGCCCUUAAAAUUAAUAUUAAAAAAAUUGUACUGGCAAGUACUGUGCAGAUUGUUUUAAACUAGUAUAAACUAAGAUGAUCAUCCAUAAAUCUAGAACAAAAAGAGGAGAAAAUAUGUGACAAUACUGCCUUUUCAGACUAAAGGUUCAGACACCUUAAUACUUCAGAAAUCUACUUUUAUUAUUUUUAUGAACUUUAUUUUGUUUUGACAUCAGUCAUGUACAAAUGUUUCUUUCUCUCUUCCUUUACUCAAUGAGCCUUACCUUAUAACAGAAAAAGAAAAAUAGUUGAGUAAAAACAACAGACACAUUGAUUAUAUCUGGGGUUUUCUAUGAUGUUCAGCUCCCAUUAUCUCCCAUUUAAAAGGAAAUAAUUUUCAUUUUUAAAAAAGUUUUGAAUUUGACAGAGGUAAAAUAAAAUGAGCAUUUUCAUAUAAAUUGUGGAAUAGAAGAGGAUUAUACAUGAAACUGUAAAUCUAUGUGGAGCUUGCUUUUCUUUUUAAGUAUAUAAUAAACAUGAUGUAACGUUCAAAGCUA